UCACCUCCCCCCGGCCCCCACCCGCCCGACGCAGAGGUUCCGGAGCGCCCGCCAUUGCCUUUCAUUGUCGCCGCCGACGCCGCCAUUCGCGCCGCGGGGCUGCCCCGAGGGGAGCGGGGGACGGAACCAGCUCUGACAAGAGGAAGAAACAUCCAUAAAAAACACCCAGCUAUCCCAAAAACCAUGGAAAAUCCAAAUUCUCCCAACACUCGCUCCCCCUCAAUCUCCCCAUGAAUUCCCACACUUUUAAAGCCUCAAAUCCUGGUUUUUAGCAGGGAUUUUUUGGGGGUGAAUUUUUCCAAAUUCCUUGGCUCAGCCAGGAAUUUUUUCCAGCCUGCAUGGACAGAGCAACCUUUGCCUGUUCCACCGCUUUUUUCCGGGAUUUUGGGAAUUCUUCUGCGGGUCCCCUCCCCGGGGGCCAGGUGGAUUUCAUUGACAAAGCCGAUUCCUUCAGUUAUUCCGAUUUUUUCCGGGAUUAUCUCAUUCCCAACCAUCCCUGCGUCUUCUCGGCCAAAUUCACCGAGGAUUGGGGCAGCAGGAAAAACUGGGUGACCUGGGAUGGGAAACCCAACUUUGAGCAUCUCCUGCAGAACUUCGGAGAAGCCGUGGUGCCCGUUGCCAACUGCGAUGUCAAGGAAUACAAUUCCAACCCCAAGGAGCAGCUGCCCUUCAAGGAAUUCGUGGAAUAUUGGCGGGAAUACAUCCGGAACGGCCACCGCUCCUCCCGGGGCUGCCUCUACCUCAAGGACUGGCACCUGAGCAGAGCUUUUCCAGAGCAGGAUGUUUACACCACUCCCGUCUACUUUUCCUCGGAUUGGCUCAACGAAUAUUGGGAUGCCGUGGCCGUGGAUGAUUUCCGGUUCGUCUACAUGGGACCCAAGGGAUCCUGGACGCCGUUCCACGCCGACGUCUUCCGCUCCUACAGCUGGUCGGCCAACGUCUGUGGCAGGAAGAGAUGGCUCCUGUAUCCCGCGGGGCAGGAGGAAUUCCUGAAGGAUCGCCACGGGAACCUCCCCUUUGACGUGACAGCUCCGGAUCUUCGGGAUACGAGGAUUUAUCCGCGCUACAGCCAGAGCCAGCCCCCCCUGGAAAUCCUCCAGGAAGCCGGAGAGAUCGUCUUCAUUCCCAGCGGGUGGCACCACCAGGUUCAUAACCUGGAAGACACCAUCUCCAUCAACCACAACUGGGUCAACGGCUGCAACGUGGCCGUCAUGUGGAGCUUCCUGCAGGAUGAGCUGGCGGCCGUCCAGAGGGAGCUCAGCCAAUGGAAAGAUCCCAUGGACGAUUGGCACCUCCAGUGCCAGCUGAUCAUGAAAUCCUGCACGGGCAUCGACUACAAGGAAUUCUACAACUUCCUCAAGGUCAUCGCGGAGAACCGGAUUUCCGUGCUGGAGAAGGGCCUGGAUGAGGAAUCCUCGUCCCAGAACAAUUCCAGAGCCGCCAUUUCCACCCUGGGAAUGCUGCACGCCGUCUUCGACCUGAAGAGGACGGUGAAGGUGCUGAGCUCGCUGAGCGCCAACGAGGAUUUCCGCAGGCUGGACCCGAGCUCGCUGUGCCCCGAUCCCGAGGCGCUGCUCCAGCACCUGGAGGCGGCCAUCGACACCGCCCUGCUCUGAAUUCCAAACCACGGGAAUGGUUUGGAAUUGCCUCCAGUGGUUUGGGGGAAAUGGACUUGGGCGGGAGCUUUACUCCAGUGGGAAGAAGAACAUUUGGGAAGGAGGGAGAACAUUCCCAAAGUUCUGAGUGGUUUGGAGGAAUGAAGGAAAAAACCAUCCCAGCCAAAGGAAAAUCCCAAACUUCCUUAGGAUUCUGAGCAUCACUCAGGGAAAAAAUUCCCUGUGGAUCAUCUGCUGUUGGAAUGAAGCAAAUUCCCUGUGCUUAAGCUCAGCUUUGUUAAAACCUCUCCUACUUCCAGGGGCAGCUCAGCUUUUCCAUCCUUUUUUAAGGGAUUCCAGCUGAAUUCCAUGGAAGC